AUGGCAACACUAACGAUAUGGAGUAAAUGGGUGCCGAGUAAGUGUAACAUUUUCAUGUGGAGAGCCAUUUUGGAUCGUCUGCCGUCGAAGAGGGCGUUGCAUAGAAGAAAUAUUGUGGUAGAAGAUCCGAUGUGUUCUUUUUGUGGAGAGGCUGAGGAAACAACGGAUCAUUUGUUCACGGCUUGUACGUUGGCUUCGAAUGUUUGGCAUGCGAUUUCUACUUGGUGUAAAAUUCCGGAGAUUUUUGCUUUUUCGGUUUUUGACUUAUCAAAGAUCCACAAGCACGCGAGGGUUUCAAGAGUUUUUAAGGCCGAAGUGGUUAAAGGUUUGAUCGUGAUUGCAUGUUGGAAGAUAUGGAAGGCUAGGAACGAGAACAUUUUCCAACAGAGUUCUAGCAAUGCUCGAGACAUAGUGGAGGCGAUUAAGUCGAUUGGUUUUUUGUGGUUUAAACAUAGGCAAAAGCGUAUUUGUAUAGAGUGGGAUGAUUGGCGAUGUUUUAACUUGAUGCAUGUAAUUGACUGUGUUGGUUUCCUGUCUCUCCUCGAGACAGGAGGUUUUCUUGCUGGCGUUUAA